UUGCUUCCCUUUCCGGGUGUUUGUUUUCAUCCAGAGAGACGUGGAAGUGCACCCUGUCAAGGGGAGGCGUUUUUCCCUGCUUCAUUGUACAAUAUAUAUUUUUUUAUACAUACAUAUAUUUGCGGACUCUUGAGCGAUACUUUGGGGGAGGGGAAUGCAGCACUUUAAACUCAGUCGAGACAAACUGUACAGCACCAGGUGCUGCGGAUGUUGCCAUGUCCGGACGGGGACGAUCAUCCUCGGAACAUGGUACAUGGUAAUCAAUUUGUUGAUGGGAAUCCUGCUAACAGUUGCAGCGACCCAUCCAGAAAGCGUUCCCUCUGUCAACUUACAGUAUGCAGUUAUUGACCAUUACUUAACAUCCGACAGGAUGUCAGGUAAUGCCGGUGCUGGAUUGGCCAUCUCUCUAUUCAUGGUCACUAUCAGUGCUAUGUUGCUGUAUGGUGCCAUUACUCAUCGCAGUGGUCUGCUCAUCCCGUUCUUCUGCUACCAGAUGUUCGACUUUGCUUUAAGCUGCCUCGUGGCCUGCAGCUCUCUCACCUAUCUGCCUAGGAUACAGGAGUACCUGGACCAGCUGCCGGAUUUCCCGUAUAAGGAUAACCUCCUGUCCCUAGACCCGCGGUUCCUGUUUUUCUUCGUGCUAGUCCUCUUUACCUUCCUCAUUGUCCUCAAGGCAUAUUUGAUGAACUGCGUGUGGAACUGCUACAAGUACAUCAAUAACAGGAACAAACCGGAUGUCUCUGUCUUCCUCUCCUUUGAGAAUCAGCCCCAGUCGGAUCUGCCCACCUACGAGAUGGCAGUAAACAUGCCUGACAAGGACCCUCCCCCGCCGUACAUGCCGUCUUAAGGACCAGCCCACUGUGGACAACACAUGCCGCCAAAUGCAUUUCUACAUUCCCUCACUAACCCUCUCCGCCUCUUUCUCUUACUGUAUAUAUUUUGUGCAAAGAUGACGGAGAAAAUCCAGAUGAACGAUGCCAGCCUUUUACUUUCAUUUAGUGUUUCAAUCAAAUGCAGUCAACAAUCCAGCAUCAUCCUCAUGUAGACUGACAAUCCACUUAAUUGUAGUUCCUUAAUUGUUGAUCUUUUUAAGACGUAAGAACAGUUGCAUCUCAGUUUUGAGAAGCACGCCACAGCACUAUUUUUUGGUGUUAUUUUUUUAGCUUUGCUGUGGUUCACCACCACCACCACCAGCUCAGAUGUUUACAUCGCACUCUGCUGCCAGCUAGUUUUCCAGCAGCGUACCAGGAGGGAGGGAGAAAAAAAGCUGCUUUGCCACCAGCUUGACAUCAACUCAUCUGUCGUGAAACAUUUGUUGUUGUUGCAUGCCCUCCCAUUACUUAACCAUGCUUCUUUUGUUCAAUUUCAUUAUACCCGCUUUAAUAUAACUGACUUCAAUAAAGACUUGAGACCA